AUGGCAACCCACAUAUCUCUAGUAAAAACCCCGCACCGAUUUCUCUUCAUCGCAUCAAUCGGAAAUCCCCGUCCUUACCGCCAGACUCGUCACAGCGCCGGACAUAUCCUCCUUGAUGCCUUGAUACCUCUUUUACCCAACAGGUUUCCCUUGAUAUCCACCAAGCACCAGCCAUCUACCGGGCCGCUGUUCUAUCGAACAUGGUAUAGCCCAUCGUAUAUGAACGAGUCGGGUCCGAAGCUUGUCCGACAACUAAAAAACUGGAUAUCUACGACACAGACCGAGGUAUUGGAAAAGGUGAUCAUGCAGGGAAAUGUGGCGCUCUCUGAGACAACUGAGGUCGCAGAUCCUGAGAACCACGAAUGGCAGCAUCGUGGCACCGACCCUCAGUCGCUGAAAAUUUUAGCUCCCACCCUGGUCAUCCUCCACGAUGAGCUGGAGGCGCCCUUGGGGAAAGUUAGAGUGAAACGGGGCGGACCUGAAACGGCCAGUUUGCGCGGCCAUCGGGGGUUGACCAGCAUUAUGGAGAGUCUACGGGGGAAAGGCUUGCACCCACCGCGUACAAGGCCUGGCGAAACCCGCUCGCAUGAAGGUCUUUCUGUAUUGCGAAUAGGUGUCGGGAUUGGUCGUCCAUCCACCCGGAAUCGGGGCGAUGUUGCAGACUAUGUUCUCACGGAAAUGAAUGCCAUUGAGUUGGCAGCAGUACGUGCCGCAGCUGGACCUGUGUUGGACAUUCUAGCAGAUGAAAUAUAUCGUGAUGGCAGCGCGCUGUGA